CUUAAUAUUAUUCGAUUCCCUUUCGUUAAGACGAUCAUUAUCGUAAAUUUAAAGAUGUGGUCGACUAUACCUUUUUAUUUGCUGCUCUUGUGUAUAACGCACCUUGAAGCAGAUAAAAGAGUCAAUAAAUAUGUGACGACCUUAAUAGAUGCAAAAUGGAAAGAAACACCUUUGGUGCUCGAGGCAGCUGAGUAUCUAAACGAUGAAAAUCCAAUUUAUUUUUGGAAGUUUGUAGAUACUUUUUCCAAUAAUGAUUUCAGAAAUGCUACAGAGAGAGAUAACUAUAAUGCUAUUAUCGCAUUUGCUGAAAAGUACUUAUCUUCUUCAGAAGUAGCAUUACUUAAAUUAGGAUUAUCUUUACGCAUUUACUCUGCACGGGUAGAAAUGUUUACUCAAAUGGCUGAAAAUAAAAAUAUUUCAAAUUUUGAGUGUUAUAAUAUAGCGGACAUUGGUGGAACUUAUACUUGUUCCUUAGAGGAAUUGGAAACAUUAGUUAAUCAGGAAACAUGGUCGAAUCCUGAUACUUAUAGCGUAGACCAUCGCUAUCAUACCUCUCCACAGACUGAAAGAAUAGUUAUAUUAUAUGGCCAAGUAGGGACUCCGAAUUUCUCAGAUUUUCAUAACAAACUGAAAGAGCUUGCAGAAACCAAAGGAUUUAAUUACAUUCUACGACAUUAUUUAAAGGAUAGGAUAGACAAGAAUGUACAGUUGUCAGGAUACGGUGUGGAACUGCAAAUGAAGUCCACAGAAUACAAAGCCACCGAUGAUUCUGACAUUAAAGAUAAUGCUGGCAAAGAUUCCGAAAGUGCCAGUGAUAGCAUGGAAGAAAUAGAUGGCAUAAACUUUGUGACUUUAAAAAAUUUAUAUCCCGAUAAGCAAGCCGAAUUGGACAGGCUGCAAACACACUUGCUGGAAACCAGUCAUGAAAUUGGUGCUUUAAAAGUAUGGCAGUUUCAAGAGUUAAGUCAUCAGGCAGCUGAAAGAAUAAUGAACUCCCCUAUGAGCGAGGCUGUUAACGUUUUGACUGAUAUUUCCCAAAACUUUCCCAUGCAAGCAAAGUCUUUAAUUAGAACGAAAGUAAACAGCGAAAUGAAAAAGGAAAUGAAACUUAAUCAAGCAAUUUUUACAUCGAAUUUAAACAUUCAACCCACGGAUACUGCGCUCUUUGUAAACGGACUGUUUUUCGAUCUGGAGGCUGUAGAUGUACUCAGUCUUCUGGAAUCCCUAAGAAAUGAGCUUAGAGUAAUGGAAUCCCUUCGUAAAAUCGGGUUUAGCAAUACACAGAUGAGUAAAUUGCUGUCGCUGGAUUUAUCCACGAAUAUGGAUAAACAAGAAUUCGCGAUCGACAUAAGGGAUUCGGCUAUAAUUUGGAUAAACGAUAUCGAGCAGGACUCAACUUACGCAAGGUGGUCGGCAUCGUUGACGGAACUCUUACGACCAACUUUUCUUGGAAUGCUUCGAAAUAUUAGAAGAAAUUUGUACAAUUUGGUACUAAUUAUCGAUCCAUUAAGCACGGAAUCUACCGCUUUAAUAAAUCUGGCACAGUCCCUGUAUUUGCAUGCCGCACCAUUGCGUGUAGGCUUUGUGUUUGUAACAAAUUACGACACUACUAUAACUGGAUUAACGGACCCUAGUGUCGCGGUGAACAACGCGUACCAUUACUUUGCGGAGGUUAAAGGAUCAGAACACGCUCUACAGUUUCUAAUAGACUUGAGAAAUUACAUUGGACCGGAGGGAGCAACCGUAGAGGACGUAAAAAAAGCUAUAAAGGCGCAAGAUGCAUCGGCUAAUGUUAAUUAUAUUCUCGGAGAAGAGUCCGAAUACGACGUGGGACGUCACUUAGCUAGCGAUUUUGUGAAGAGGUCUGGUUUUAAGAAAUUUCCCCAAGCUUUAAUGAACGGGGUACCUUUAUCUCCUGAUCAGUUGAACGCCGACUCGUUCGAGGAAGCAGUUCUCUCUACUAUUGUGUCGCAGACGCCUGCGUUACAAAAAGCGGUGUACCGGGGCGAAAUAGCCGAACAGGACGAUGUUGUCGAGUACAUUAUGAAUCAACCAAAUGUUAUGCCACGUUUAAACGAACGGAUAUUGAAAGCAGAAAAGCAUACGUGGUUGAGCUUAAUUGGCACUGUACCUAGUGAUGAAGAUUACACAAAGUGGAGUCCUCAAGAUUUCUCAACUUGGUUGAUGAAUAGAUUGCAGUAUCUGUUUGUACCACGCCGUUCGAACGUACAUCAUUUAUAUACAUUUUGGGUUGUAGCAGAUUUACAAACGUCGGCUGGCAGAAUGCUGCUACGCGAGUCGCUCGGCUACAUAGAAUCGAACGCCGACAUCAGAAUUACCAUAAUUAUCAAUCCUACGACCGAUACAAAUGACAUGGACAGCGCGACCGAUAUUAAUCGAAUAGCGUUAGCUGGCUUAAAUAGUUUGCCCGCCGAGAAGGCUAUGCAUUUCGUUCGUAACGUUAUCCAGGAAGAUGUUGCUAAUACUAUUGCGUCUGGUAGUUUUAAUAUAGAGGAAGAAGCGGUGAGAGAACAGUUGAAGAAGCAGAUCGACGAAUUGCGUGUACACCGACAGUACGUUAAAACUGUAUUGAGUUUGGAAAGGGGAGCUAGAGCAAUUGUGUGCAACGGGAGACUAAUAGGACCGCUGAAUGACGACGAAGAGUUUACAAGUGAUGAUUUUUCACUGUUAGAGAGAUUCAGUCAGAGCAAUUACGGUGAUAAAUUAUUUAAAAAGUUAAUAAAGGAACGGUUACUAGAGGACGAUGAAUAUGAGAAGAAUGAAAUUACAGACAAUAUGAUCAUGAAAAUCACAUCGUUGUUGGUAUCGCAUCCCCAGACGCGAAGCCGAUUCGACGUUCCGUUUUACGGCGACGAUUACAGCGCCAUUAAGAUUCCAGCGGCGCAUCCGGACGAAGUGGCUUUCUCUUUGAUUGCUAUCGUAGAUCCUGUGUCACGUGGCGCACAAAAGUUGGGUCCAAUUUUAAAAACGUUGCAACAAUCUCUGAACUGCAACAUUAAAGUUUUUCUGAACUGUUUAGACAAGAACAGCGACAUGCCAUUGAAAAGUUUCUAUCGAUUUGUUUUCGAGCCACAUUUGCAAUUUUCCAUCGAUGGUCGUAUCAACGGUGCAAUGGCAAAGUUCACAAAGCUACCGACAUCCUCUCUGUUGACACAGUACAUCCAUGCGCCUGAAAACUGGUUGGUUGAAGUGGUCAGAAGUGUUUACGAUUUGGAUAAUAUUAAGCUGGACAAUGUCGCGAUCGGAGUGCACAGCGAAUUCGAAUUGGAGCAUUUGCUGCUCGAAGGGCAUUGUUUCGAGGCAGUGAUCGGAAAUCCACCUCGAGGAUUGCAAUUCACUUUGGGAACGGAGAAACAACCGUUAAUGGUGGAUACGAUUGUUAUGGCAAAUUUGGGAUAUUUCCAACUAAAAGCGAAUCCAGGCGAGUGGGUGCUACGUCUUAGACAAGGCCGAUCAGCGGAAAUAUAUGAUUUCACUACCGUUGGUGGGCAAGACGUCAUACAGAACGGUAACGACGUUAAAGUUGUUAUAAGUUCGUUGAGAAGUCACGUACUGAAAGUUAAAGUAUCGAAAAAACCGGAAAAAAUCGGAAUGGAUCUAUUGUCCGAAGACGACAAAAGUUCCGGCUUGUGGAAUUCCAUUUCGAGGACGUUCGCAACAGGAGACGACAGCGACGAUCAGGACGAGAAGUUGAACAUCUUUUCUUUAGCGUCGGGUCAUUUGUACGAAAGAUUUCUGAAAAUUAUGAUGCUGAGCGUUGUAAAACACACCAGUAGUCCAGUGAAAUUUUGGUUUCUAAAGUUUCGUUUAUUGGAUUUCCUACCGUAUAUGGCGAAAGAGUAUGGUUUCGAGUACGAGCUGGUCCAGUACAAGUGGCCACGUUGGCUUCAUCAACAGACCGAGAAGCAGAGGACGAUAUGGGGUUACAAAAUACUGUUUCUGGACGUACUCUUUCCGUUAAACGUUAAAAAGAUAAUAUUCGUGGAUGCUGAUCAGGUGGUAAGGGCGGAUUUGAAGGAACUGGCAACAAUGGAUCUGGGGGGAGCGCCGUACGCGUACACCCCGUUCUGCGACAGCAGGAAAGAAAUGGAUGGAUUCCGAUUUUGGAAACAAGGAUAUUGGCGAAAUCAUUUGCAGGGCCGAGCUUACCACAUUAGCGCCUUAUACGUGGUAGACUUGAAACGGUUUCGACGGAUCGCCGCUGGCGACAGAUUGAGGGGCCAGUAUCAAGCGUUGAGUCAAGAUCCAAACAGUCUGGCCAAUCUAGACCAAGAUCUUCCUAAUAACAUGAUCCAUCAAGUGGCUAUAAAAACGUUACCGCAGGAGUGGCUGUGGUGUGAAACUUGGUGCGACGAUACGUCCAAGAACUACGCGAAAACCAUCGAUUUGUGCAACAAUCCGAUGACAAAGGAAGCUAAAUUACAAGCUGCCGUCCGUAUUUUGCCAGAAUGGGUGGGAUACGACGACGAGAUAAAAGCUUUGCAACAGAAACUGGACAAUGAGAAUCGACAAACGGAAAAAGAAGAGCAUGAAACUUUUGAGGAGGACGCCACGGAUGGUGAUUCCGCGAAACACGAAGAGCUGUGAAUGAAGUUUGCGCGUAAGCCGUGAAAAGGUAUUGUCGAAGGUUAAGGCGAUCGAUCGUUAUUGAAUGAAAUGUUAUCGACAAAAUUAUCGACGUUAGGAAAUGUUGAAUGGCCGCGAUUAACGAUAUGGCAACGUUGGUAUUCCGUCCGGUACUAUCUGUGCGUAAUCGCUGUGUAACCGGAACAUUCUAUUCUACAGUCGUUUACAUGUUUCGCCGCGGGAUAACACCAAAUCAUCGACCA